CGCCCCAUAACAACACGGACACGCCGCAGCCGCCAUUAUUUAGCCCCUUGUCGCUAUUGCUAAUUCGUUUUUAUUGAAUUCUUUUUUGAAAUUUACUCGUAACUUUUGGAUCCAUUAAUACUCAAAUAAUGUCAACUGAAUGGAAAUAUGAAAUCAAUGAUUUAGUUUGGGCCAAAAUGAAAGGUUUCCCGCCGUGGCCUGGUCGAGUAAGUGAACCAUCUGAAGCAUUACAAAAAAUUGCCAAAAAAAAUUCAAAAUGCAUUUUUUUCUUUGGAUCAAAAAAUUUUGCCUGGAUUGAAAUUGGAUGCUUAAAGCCGUAUUAUGAAUUUAAAGAAUCCCUUAGUAUAAGUUGUAAAACAGCCACUUUUAAAGAAGCAUGUAAAGCUAUUGAACAAUAUAUUCAAGAUACAAAAGACGGCAAAAAUAAUGGAAUUACUGAAUCAGAAACUCAAUUUGAAAAUUUGGUUAAAAAUGAUACACCUAGUCAACCCGUAAAAAAAAAAAUUUCAACUAGUGUACGUAAUUCAACUCCAAAUUCUUCUGUUAAAAAGAGAAAGCCUCAAAAUGAAUCAUCAGUGUUUGAUUCAGAUGACACCAAAAGCAAACCUAAAAAACUACGGCUGAAUUCCAGUAUGAAUAACACUGAUAUUCUGACACAACUUGGGCUAACUACUAAUAAUCAUUUAAAUCCACUCCGUAAAAAUAAUUCACUCUUAGAUAGACCAGAAGUUAUUACACCAGAAAGUACACCUUUAGAUGUAACUAAAAUAUCAAGGUCAUUGAUGAAUAAAAAUAUUUCACCUUCAGACUUGAAGUUUGGAUUUAUUGGUUUAGGAAAUAUGGGAGCAGGAAUUGUCAAGAACUUAUUAAAUUCUGGACAUAAAGUUGUAAUUUGGAAUAGAACAACAGAAAAGAGUCAAAUGUUUGAAGAUGCAGGUGCUGUAAUUGGCUUAACACCAUCUGAUGUUAUUGGAGGAUCAGAUAUAACAUUCUCUUGUGUUUCUGAUCCACAAGUUGCUAAAGACAUGGUAUUUGGAAAUUGUGGUGUCCUUUCUGAAAUAACACCUGAUAAAGGAUUUGUUGAAAUGAGUGGCAUUGACCCAGAAACUUCACAAGAUAUUGGAGAGGCUAUUAUUAGCAAAGGAGGUCGUUAUUUAGAAGCCAUGUUGCAAGGUAGUAAGACUGAAGCAGAAGAAGGCAAUCUAGUAUGUAUGGCUGCUGGUGACAAAACAUUAUUUGAUGAUUGCCAAUCAACAUUCUGUGCUAUUGCUAAAAAUUCAUUUUAUCUAGGCGAAGUUGGUUCAGCAACCAAAAUGAAUUUGAUUUUGCAUUCAAUUAAAGCAGUUACUUUAGCUGGACUAGCUGAAGGCAUGGCUUUAGCAGACAGAGCUGGAAUAUCACAGAAAGAUAUGUUAGAAAUUUUAGGAAUGACAUCACUAAAAUGUUCUUUACUUAUGGAAAAAGGAAAAGCAAUGAUGGAAAAUAAUUUCCAAACUCAUCAAGCUUUGAAGCAUAUACAAAAAGAUUUGAGUUUAUCAUUAAAUUGGUCAGAUACAUUAGAACAACCAUGUCCAGUCACAGCUAGUGUAAAUGAAGUAUUCAAACAUGCUAAGCGUCUUGGUUAUAGUGAUCAUGACUCAAGUGCAGUAUAUGUUAGAGCUAAGUUUUAAAAAUAAUAUUGCCUUUUUCCUUUUUAUAUUUACAUUUUUGACAACUGACAAAACGAAUCUUAGUAUAACAAAUUAAUUUUGUUAAAAAAUUGGUUUACAUAUAAUUUUUUUUACAUUUUUAAGUUAUGUAAUUUGUAUAUAUAAAAAUGUGAAUAUUGUUUUUGCACAUUAAUCUUUUAACAUCAUUAUUCAUUAUAAAUCAUUUAUUUUAUAAACAAAUUUUUUAAUUUCCAAUUUGAUGAUUAUGUUAAUUUUAUUAAAGAAAAAUAUAUAUAUGUAUAUUUAGUAAUACACACGUGUAUAAACAAUAUAAUGUAUAAAUAUUACAUAAUAUCAUAAAUUUCACAACCCAAAAAUUCUAUUCAUGAUUAUUUAAGUAAAUAAUUUUAGUUAUUAACUUGAAUUAGUUAAUUAAUUUUUAUUAAAUUUAACUUAAUAUUUUGGUUCCCAUAAAGAUAAAUCAUUCAAAUAGUAUAUUUGAGAGUGAAUAAUUACAUAUAUUCCAGAAAAGUAAAAAGUAGUGUAAAAUGUUUUAUGAAAAGAAACAACUGUAUACUUGUAAAUAGAUUAGUAACUUUUACUUUUAUUUUAAAUUAUUAGAUUUAUUAAAAACAAAAACUAUAAUUCAAUAACUUAUCAGAAAUUUAUAUUUUGUAUUUUCCUGAUUUUACCUGUUUUACAUUUAAUUCUUAUAUAAAUAUUUUUUUUUUAACAAAAGUUUGUAAUCUAUGUUUGUAUUGACAUUUAUUAAAGAUGUUUCUGAAACCAAUAUUAUAGUAAAGCUAAAUGUGUAAAUUUUAUUAAUAAUUAGAAAGCUUAUAAAAAUGACAGACAAAUGUCUUUUAUUAUUACUAUAAAAUAUGUUGUUUUAUGCAACAUACAAUUUGGUAUGGUAACCUAUGUACAUUAUUAGACCUUACUUGUUUAGAUAGUAGUCACUAAUGAUUAAUGUAUUAAUUUGUAUAGGGAUAAUGAAUCAAUUGAAAUAAUGUAUGAAACUUAGGGAUUUAUUAUUAAAAAUACAUAAAAAUUGGUUA